AAGCACAUGACACCAAAGGCCACCUUGAUUCCUUCUCUGAAACCCUUAAAUAGCUUUUUUUCUACCUUAGCUUCUUUGCAAGAAGUUACCAUCCCUUUGCUUUAUCUCUUGCUUUUCCUUUAUCUCUCUCAAAACCCUACUUUAUUCUCUCCUUCCCUCGAAUUCACCUCUAAAAGGAAGACGAUCCCCCACCCGAUCCUCCUUGUGUUCACAACCUCUCUCUCUCUCUCUCUCUCUCUCUCUCUCUCUUCAUGAAUAUCACCAACUGAACAAGUUGGACAUAAACCGUAGUAUCCGACAUGGGUUCGCCAUCUGAACUAAGCCUAGAUUUCAAGCCAAACAGCUUCUCCUUGCUUCUAAAGUCGUUCGGGGAUCAACCGGACCAGACCCAGAAGAUGGAAGAGGUCCUGGCCUGCCUCGAAGCAGAACGGCACAAGAUCGACGCGUUCAAACGCGAGCUACCGCUUUGCAUGACACUCCUCAAUGAUGCCAUGGAGGCAUAUAGACAGCAACUAGAGAGUUACCAAACAAACCAAGGAUCGAGACCCAUCCUUGAAGAAUUCAUGCCUCUUAAACAUCCAAGCUCUGAAGAGUCGGACAAGGCGUCGAACAUGUCUGAGAAGGCAAACUGGCUGACAUCUAUGCAGCUUUGGAGCCAAGCAAACGAUGGGAGCAAGCACCAACCUGCAAUGAGCACAUCACCGAAAGGGAUGGAGCAUGGUUUCAGUGAUGGUCCAAAGCUUGCUUUGGACAGCAAACAAAGAAAUGGAGGAGCUUUUCUUCCAUUCUCAAAAGAAAGGAACAUGUGUGCUAGUUCCACCAUACCAGCUCUUCCCGAUUUAGCACUCGCUUCUAUCGACAAAGAUAAUGAAGAGAAGAAAUGCUUAGAAUCUGGGAAUGUAAUGUCAUGCCCAAGGAGAGAAAACUGCAACAAGGGUGCCGGCAGUGCAACGAUAGAGCAUGGAAGAGGAACGACGAAUACCGCCGAGGGUCAGGCGGCCACAUCACAGACUCAAAGGAAAGCAAGGAGGUGUUGGUCACCAGAUCUGCACCGUAGAUUUGUUAAUGCUCUUCAGAUGUUGGGAGGCUCUCAAGCGAUUUACGGUUCCAAACAUUUGGAAACAGUGACCAUAUCAUUCCUAUAUGCAAUAACUGAAACUUCGAAGGUUCGUGACGCAAUUGAAGAAUUGUACAAUACGUACACAAUCACAGGGUCCACACCAAGUAUUAACGAAGUUAGAUCGCAUGCUGCUACAAGCUCUGACACUAUGCUCGACGAUGAUUACAUGUCUUUCUUAGUAAAAGAAAAUACAGACACUGAAACGAAAAAAUCAGAGUUAGACUUGUAUCUCAAAGAGUUAGUCGUAAUGCGACAGGAUUCAAACUUCGAUAUUUUGGAGUGGUGGAAAAUGAGAGUUAGUGAAGGAAAAUACCUUAUAUUAUCGACGAUGGCACGAGAUAUUUUGUCAAUUCCUAUUUCAACAGUGACAUUGGAAUCUGCUUUUAGCACAGGGAGUAGGGUCGUGAGCAAGACUCGAAGCUCCCUUACACCAGAUACAGUGGAAGCAUUAAUUUGUACAUAA